AUGAAGCCGAACAGCCUCUUGUCCCUCGCCCUGAGCUUCCUGGUCCUCUGCCCCCAUGUGGCGCAGCCUGGAUUCCGUGAGAUCCUGCAGAAGCCUGGGUUCUGCCCGGAUUCCUGGUAUGUGUGCCCGGUGGUUCUGAUCGCGGACUGCUGGAUCGAUUCCAACUGCAAGGAGAGCAAGAAGUGCUGCUUCUACCACUGCAAGCAGCAGUGCAUGCUGCCCGUGUCGGAACAGGACGCCAAUCAGGAGUACGAGGUCCACUACGAACCCGAAGAGGAUUACGGGCCGGGAAUGAUUUUUCAUGAUUGAACUGUGAGGGAGACGCCAAUUCAUCCCCGGGUCUGAGAAGAUGUUGCUGCAAGCUCAGGCCUGCCUGCCGGGUCUCC